UCUCUCCUCUCCCUGUAACUCAACUCUGAUUAAACCCAAACACUAUAAUCUUUCAAGACUGUAAUCGCCAUGGAUAACGGGAAGGGCAAGAACAAAGUAGAUGAAUGCGAUCCAGAACAUAAUUACGAAGAUGACUUUGACAUUUAUAGCAGCAGUUCAAGUGACGAUGAGCUUCCUGAAACUGAUGAAAAUUUUAUGAUAGCUGAGCCAGAUGAGCCCCUCCGACAGAUAAGUACAGACUUAGUACUGGCAGCUCCAUAUAGUCAAAUUCAACGAUCUCAGAGACUAAGUGGUGAAGGUUCUGGAAGGAAGAGAAUGUGGGAAGCUGGUUCAAGUAGCCAGAGUCCAUUUCAUCAUCAGUUGGAAACUGGUUCAAGUAGCCAGAGUCGAUUUCGUCAUCACUUGGAAACUGGUUCAAGUAGCCAGAGUCAAUUUCAUCAUCAGUUGGAAACUGGUUCAAGUAGCCAGAGUCGAUUUCGUCAUCACUUGGAAACUGGUUCAAGUAGCCAGAGUCAAUUUCAUCAUCAGUUGGAAACUGGUUCAAGUAGCCAGAGUCGAUUUCGUCAUCACUUGGAAACUGGUUCAAGUAGCCAGAGUCAAUUUCAUCAUCAGUUGGAAACUGGUUCAAGUAGCCAGAGUCGAUUUCGUCAUCACUUGGAAACUGGUUCAAGUAGCCAGAGUCAAUUUCGUCAUCAGUUGGAAACUGGUUCAAGUAGCCAGAGUCGAUUUCGUCAUCACUUGGAAACUGGUUCAAGUAGCCAGAGUCAAUUUCAUCAUCAGUUGGAAACUGGUUCAAGUAGCCAGAGUCAAUUUCAUCAUCAGUUGGAAACUGGUUCAAGUAGCCAGAGUCGAUUUCGCCAUCACUUGGAAACUGGUUCAAGUAGCCAGAGUCAAUUUCAUCAUCAGUUGGAAACUGGUUCAAGUAGCCAGAUUCAAUUUCAUCAUCAGUUGGAAACUGGUUCAAGUAGCCAGAGACGAUUUCAUCAUCAGUUGGAAACUGGUUCAAGUAGCCAGAGACGAUUUCAUCAUCAGUUGGAAACUGGUUCAAGUAGCCGGAGUCAAAUUCAUCAUCAGUUGGAAUCUGAUUCAGGUCAACAAGCUACUCAACCUGGAGACAACCUUAUUCCACCAGCACCGCAGCUAACUACAGGCUUCCCAUCUGAGACAAAUUCAGUUUCACCGUAUCUUUGCGCAAAUAAUUAUACAUGGAAUAAGCAGGGAUCACUGAAUAAGUCUGUUUUGGAGAGACUUGAUAGCUUGGAUAAAAGAGUUUCUGAACAGAAACAUGCUAAAGGCCGCAUUCUAAAGCUGGAGACUAAGAUAAUAAUUCAGAAUGAAAUCAUUGCUGGCUUGGAGGCUGAUAAUACUGAACUUAGUUGUCGCAUUUCAAUGCUAGAAGAUUUUGUUCUGAAGUCAAUCCAUUUAUUAGAGAGAAAAACUGCAAAUGAUGACAUAGGCUCUAAUUCGGCAACAGAUAAUGGGAAGUCCAUUCCUUCAGUUAAUGCAUCUCCUUGUACUAAUGUUGGUAGUGUUCUUGGAGCCAGAAGAAGUGAUCCAACUAGUGUUCCUCCUAAAAAAAGGGAAAUCCGUUUUCAAGAUGGUGGAAACGAAGCAGAAAACCUAGAGAGGCAGGGAUCCAUAAGUGAACUGGAUAAUGCAGAUGGGCCUUCGGGUAUGCUGAUUCAGGAUGAUGGGAUGGUAAAUACAGGUUCUGAACCAUCUGCAUUUAAUACAGACCGAAACAAGCCAAUUACAGAAUCAGGCAAAACACAAGAUCAGAAGGACCAUGCUAAUACAGAUACUUCCCCAACUCAAUGAUCUUAUUGCAGCAGAUUAACUUUUUCAAUUUUGUAGCUCAACUUCCUGUUUUCUCUACCUGAUUUCUAUAAGAAUCAUGCAGUGCAUGAUCUUCCUGAAUUUACUCUGCUAUCAAGCAGCCAUUAUCUCAACUUUUUUUCUAUACAAUAAGGAUUUAAUUCGUGGUA